AUGGAUAGUAGCCGCUUACUCGUCCCCCUCACCCUCAAUCUCUCUGGUAUCGACAAGGUCUCUGGCGCCGACUCCGCGGGCGCGCGACACGUCUAUGGCUCCACUGCCGUAUCCACCGCUCAGGUGAACAAGCUCCGCGAGUCGGUGUUCUGCGAAGCCGCCAACAUCGCGGGAGCGGAAGAGGUCUUGAAUGCACCAGCUGGCGAGCUAGAGUGCAUGGCGUCGGGCUUUCUCUCCAUAAGUGACUACGUCUUUGUCGCUGAGUCGCUUAAGACGCUGUCGGUGAGGAUGUUGAUGGAGGUGGGCGUUAGCGACAGGGGCGCCAUGAGCGGCGGUGCCAGCGCUCCUCUGCGCCGGAUCGUGGUCGACCACCACCACCCCGAUGCAGCGACGGCGUUGACCGCGUCGUGGGUAGUGAUGCGCGACGCACUGGUGGCUCGCAAACACGGCAGUGUCCUUGACCACACAAGCGCUGUGAAGAGCCGCGAUGGCGGAGCCACCAUCGUCAGACGCGCCACGGGCAUCAGCGGCUGUGCGUCCUCGACAACAACAGCGCUGCCUCAGCGAGAUAACUGUGGCGAUGCGGAGCGCGCCGCGAGUGCCUCGAAGGUGAAUCGCUUGGAUGACGCAGAGACGACAGACACCUGCGACGAGACCGCGCCCCACCUGUUCAAUACCGAAGAGGCGGACUGGAGCGGCGACGACGACGACAUAGGCAGCGUGAAGACGGGGAUGGGCGUCGUCUCCCUUUCCGGGGCGUCGCUGGCGACACACACAGUGGCAGGGUGCGACGAGGGUCUCGGUAGCGAGAGCGACGAGACGACGGAGAUGGACAAAACAGUGACGGAAACGGGCAAGGGCGCUGCGGCGCCGACGACGCCGCCCGCAUCGCUGCCAAUGGACACCGUAGCUCAAAUGGCGAACCUGAGCGGCGUGUCCAGCGUCACGGGACAUGUGCCAGACCUUGUCCCCUUCCCGCACCCCCCGUCGCAGCCGCUGGCGGAGUUUACCAGGGUGCCAGCGCCACCGCCGCGGCCACUCUCCAUGUCGGACCUCACUGCCAUCGCCGAGCAGGACGACGUGGUGGACUUUUACCUGCAGUCUUUGGCGAAGCGUGUGCGGGGAAUUGAGAGCAAGCUGCGGGUGAUGAAUCCAUCCUCGGUGCUGCGGUUCUUCUUGACCUCCACACUUUCCCGUGCAGACUCCUCUGGCAUGUCGGUGCUGUUGCCCGCCACGACGUCAGUGCCGGCACGUCUACCUGGCUGCGUAGACGGCAGCUCUGCGGCGGACCCGCAAAGCAGUGGCACGUGGAUCUCGGAGAAGGAAAUCGUGUUGCCAGCCAUGAACAGGGCGGAAGCGCAGGCGGCGCAGACCCGUGAAGACGCGCUGGCUGCCAUGGGCGGUGACCUUGUCAAGCUGUUCAGCGAUACAAAGAACAUCACACUUCGCUACAUGCUCAUCUUCGCCGAGAGCAUGCCGCUCGGCAUCAACUCGCGACUGAACCACGACUACCUCUUACCCACUGCCGCCAUCCCGGAGAACUACGUUGGAUGCGGCGUUCACGCACGCCGCAAGAAAGACUUCUUUGUCUCUAUGACGGAGCGCGUCGCGCUGCUGAGUGGGCACCACAGCUUUAGAACGCCCGAGGCACUGUUGCUGGGGAUUAGCCAGCUGUCCAGCCUCGCGUCGCAGAUGAUGUCGUCCUUCGCGCUUGGUGCCGUGCUUGGUUGUGUGUCGCGGUGGCGUGAGCUGCAUAAGUCAGGCCAUACCACCUCGGACGAGGUAGUGGAGACGAUGGAGCAGUUUGCGACGGCGUACUGCACCGGCUACAAAAUCCUCAUGAACGACGCGUUCCCCGCACUGCGGAAGCAGUACCCAAACCUGUUCAUUGCCAGCUCCUUCGCCGUGAAGGAGGAGAGCAGUGGAGGGACACCACCGAUGCUGACGGUCGCGAUGUCGAUGCUCAUGAAGCUUCUCUUCCUCUUCGCUGGCGGACGCGAGAGCAUCCGCGCCGAUGACCGACGUAUGAUGGCGGAUGCCCUACGGGAAGAGCAGCAGCGGCGGGCGGAGCGGUGCACGCCGACAGCUGCACCACACACCCCGCCUGUCUCGAGUAUCAGCGGCGCUGCAAUGCCGCCGGUAGCAGCUGCUACCGGCCGUCUCUCGGAGUUUGUAGCCACCACGCAUCCGUGGCACGAGCGAGCCGGCAGUCCGCCACGCAACGCACCGUCCCUGCCCGUUCCCGUCGCAGUAGAUGCGACGGGCGACUUUAGCCUCGUGUGCAGCGAGGGCAAUGCAGGAGACGCACGCAAGCUCGGUGAUGAUGUGGCCCUCGCCGCUGCUCUGCAGGUGCCUUCCGCCACUCUCAUCGUGGACAUGGGUGCGCUGCUGAUGAGCGGGCCGCUGGCAGCGCACAGGUCGACGGCGGCCUUGGUGCGCACAGCGCGGGCGGUGAGUUGCGUGUGGCGGGUUCUGUUUCAGGCCGCAGGCCUUCUGCCGUUUGGCCGUGCCUGUCCAGUGGACAUGGCGAAGUGGUUGCCGCUGUUUCCUCUGUACGCCCUCAGCACAGGUGCAAAGCACGUGAUGCUUUCCAUACAUGCCAGAGCGGCCGGACAGACGCCGCUCAAUUUCGGGCCGGUGCUCCGAGAGGACGCCCUGCAGUCUGCGGUUGACUGCAUCCAAGAUUCGGCGCGUGUGCAGGACGAGAAGAAGCCGUCCGUGUCGGUGCUGGGCGCGACGACGAGCGAAUGGAGUUUGCACCUGUCACCAACGGCGAUCGAGUCGUCGCCGGCGAGCCGCAAAGGUGACAUGCGCUGGCCAAGCACACUUACGCUAGGUAGCCCCGUCGUGCCAGUGAUUGCCGCCGCAGAGAAGCCGGUUGCACCGGUGUCAGCGCAGCGCUCCUACCAUCUCCAUCCCUCCUUCGCGGUGGCGUCGGCACAGUCUUGGAGCGGCACUUUAAAUGAAGACCCUUUCCACGCGAAGCCGACAUUGCGAGCCACGCCAGGCAUAGCCACGGAGCAGCGGCAGGACUUCUACGAGCUGUGCGCACGCCAGUCCGCGGCGCCGUUCUUGCCAGGUGUAAACAUCACGAAUCAGGUGCACGCCUUUCCGCUGCCCGGCGGCGUGGCGAUGCUGCGGGUGGAGAAGCUUGCAGACCGCUCCCCGGCUACGGUGCAGCGUUUGAAGACGUACCAUGACCGGCUAGCGCUGAUCAUGUCAUGGCGACGUGUGUCGCUGAGCCGCUCGCACAGCUGCGCGCCAGUGACAGAGGUGGCGGCAGCGACGGCAACGGGGCAGUCAGGCAAUGCCUGCACCACCACCACGGUGGUAGAUGCGCCGGUGCACGAGGGCGAUGAGCUCACGAUUCGCUGGGGCAACCCGCCAAAAGGCCGAGCGGCCGGGACGGCGAUGCGUGUGCAGGCCAGCUUCUGCAACCCGAGAGGCUUCACGAACCGGCGAUCGUCCACGGCGGUGCAGAAUAUCUCAGCAAGCGGGACAGCGCAGACAGCGUCAGCGGUAGCCGUGUUCAGCGCGCAGGAAUUAGUGGACUCGAACGAGUCCCACGCACGCGCGCACGGCAACCACUACCCCACGCUGGCAGCCGCGAUACGGCGUAAGAGGCAGUCUCUGCUUUUCUUUGCGACCGCGUUCUCGAGCGCGGCCCCCCCAUCUCCUCCACGCUCCCAGAAGACUUCCCGCGCAGUGUCUCUGGAGACAGUUGUCGCCGCCGUUCCUGCUGUCGAACCGACGGAGGAGUGCUUGCCUGACGUGCACGUCCCUACGCUGCAGCGCUGCCGCAUUUGCCUAAUCCUGGCAACAGCGAACCCCAGCGAGUUUCUCGUCGUCUUGAACACGCCAAACAGCAUUGCAUCCUCUGAGGCUGUGUCGCUCCGCACGCCAAGUGUCGUGGGUGUCCUCCACCACCGCCGGCACUGCGCGCCGUUCACGCGCGAGGUGAGCCGCGAGUGCGCAUGGACAAACCCAGAAUUCGCUCAGAACGCUAGCGCCGGCGUUCUCGCCCCCGGCGCGCCGCCGCUUUCGUGGACGCCCUCCAGGCUGUCCGAGGUCACGCCAACCAUGGCGCUGCAGGUGCCCGUGUUGCUGGGCUGGCUGCUCGGGCAGUCCGCUGGAAAUGAGGAAAUAUUCACCCUUCCUCUGCCGCCACUGGCCUUCCGCAUCUUGGGCCUUGCGGUGCAGCUGGAGCUACCCAUCGACGCGGUGCUACUCACCACUGCUGAUAUGUCCCUGCUGCACCCUGACUGGACGAGCAUGAAGCUGUGCGAGCAGCUGCUGCAAGAGCUGCGAGAGCUACACUUCCGCCAAGAAACUCAGCGGGAGGAGCAGGCGGCUGUCACCUUGGCUAGCGGCGCUGAGGGCAAGCGCACCGUCGGACGCGGUAUCCUAGAUCACUUGUGCAUCUCCGGCAGCCCCGCCGCCGCGCUGCGCCAGCACCAACGCAAGAAGGAGCUGAUCGAUGUCAGCCUCUCCAUAAUGUGGAAUAUCCAACGUGACGGCACGGUGGCCGGGCACGGUUUCUGGGCCGCCGUGCUGCAAGGCAUGCGUCAGACACCGCUGCUCGACACCCCGCUCUUCGCGCAGUGUAGCUCUCGCACCGUACGCGAGGUGCUUUGCGGCUCUUACGACCACCUGGACGAAGACUUCACCUUCAGGAAGUCUUUUAUGCUGCUUGUGGAGGACGACGCAAGGGGUGGGGGCAGCAGCGCUGCUGGAGGGGCGGCAACGCAGCUCCGCGGCGACCGUCAUUUUGUGCGCAAGUCGGUGCUGCGCGUCCUUGACGAACUCACCCUCAAGGAGAAGCGUUUGCUUCUGCGCUUCAUUACGGGCCACAGCCUGCGCACGCGUCGCUCGCAGAUGGACACGCUGCGUCUGGUCCUGCAGUCUGGAUUCGCCAGGGCACCACUGCGAUGCGGCAAGGCGAAACCGCCUGGGUGUAUGCCGUCUGGGUCAGGCUGGACCCACUCAAGUGGCGUGACGAAGGUAAACGCCGGCGUUGUCAGGGCAGAGACGGCGUCGUUCACGGGUGCUGAUGAGGACCACUCGCACACCACGACCUCGUCGUAUCUCACCGCAUCUGCGGAGGCGGUCGCACGCGCAUGUGUCGACGCGACGUUGCAGCUGCUGCCGGUGGCCCACCCGAGCGAGAAGACGCUGGUCUUCCCAAACUACUUCGACGCACUAAUUAUGGGGUCGUAUCGCAAGCGAGUCCUCGGCGCUGACCUGCCCGCCUUCACCCACGCCUCCGGCACCGCCACGACGUCGGAGCCGCGGUCCUCCAUGAGGGAUAGCUGGGGUGCCGCCGCAGCAGCGGCGGGAGGGCACACCGUCUCAUGUGCAGCAAACUCUGUCGAGAGCUGCGUGAGUGUGCCGGCGUCCGUGAAUGGGAACGUCGCCGCUCCGUUCUUCGAUAGCGCGGACGUGCAGCUCGCCUGGACACAACUAACGGUGGGGCAGCAAGAGACGCUGCGCCGGCGCUACCGGGAGCUGUUGCGGCACCGCGUGCGUGCCGCCCUCUACGUCUACUUGCUCUCUAACGCCGAUACGGUGGAAGAGGCGUGGGAGCUAGGGGCCCAGAUGGGUUUCGCCUCUCGUGCGGUGCAUGGCGGUACGGCAUCAGCGACGGCGGCUGAGCCCGGCGGGUGCGCAAGUCGAGAAUACCAUGACGACGCCGGCGGUGGCACCUUCAUGCGCUGCGACGACGGGACGGUCGUGUUCGUGGAGCGCGAGACGGCCGAGAACCACGACGGCGUCGCUGGCGACGUCCACAGCUUUGGUGUCGAGGACGACCUCGAUGUCGAUCUUUUAGAGACGGAUGACAUGAUGCUGGCGACCGCGAGCACGGAAAUGACUGUCGACGCGGCGGCCCAUGCCGCCUUGGAGGAGCGUGGCGGCGGCGGUACCGACCCGGCGACGCCGGGUAGCGCAGGCCACGCCGGGCAGCCGAAGCGGCCGUUGCUCCCCUCGGACCAGCUCCGGAGCAGCGUCGGCACAGUACACAGCGCCCUGUGGGGCGACUCGACGACGAAGGGGGACAGCCUGAACGGCUACUGCAUUGCCGCCGCCUUCCGCUUCCCUGAGGACUCUGCAGACGAUGUUGGUGAGGCGCAGACAGCCGCCGCUGGUGUGGAAGUUGUCUCGGGCUGCGGAGACUGUGGCAUAGACCCCGAAGCAACAAUAUCGUCGGCGACACUGACACUGCACAACCACGGCGCGAGGGCAGACGUGGCGAGAGAGCUGGCCAGAGACGCCACACAAGCCUCCCAUCCUGCGCCGCCCGCAUCGUCGGGUGCCUCAGCCGAGGCCGCCAAGUGCCCCACGAGUGACGGCGAAAGUUUAGUGUUCAUGGCAGUGGCGCCGCCGCGCCACCCCUCGCUGUUGAAAGCCGGCAUGAUCACCCCUCUAUGGGAGGCGCAGAUGGCCGCCGCGGCGGCGUCAGGGCGCAGCUCAUCGAUGGCGUUCACAGACGCAGCUGUGCAAGGCGGUGCGCACAAACCCAGCGCAGCCGUGAAGGCGGCAGGGGCGAAGACUGCGGUGCAGGCAGCGACCAACGGAGGCUCGCGCGAUGCCUCCAUGAAGGCUACAUCCACCGCUGAUGCUGCUGUCACCGCACAUGGCGUUGCUGGGCUGAGCGGAGAGUCGAAGGACGCGCGUGUGCGCUCCGCGAUCGAUUCAUACAUUCGCGAGCUCUUCCCCGAUGACGCACCAUAG